AUGUCAAAGGCGAUGAUAAGCGAUGACAGCGAAUAUAUUUUAGGGAACCUGAUUGUCUAUGAGCAUACUCAGUUACUUGUUGAGAGAUAUGUUACAUCAUAUGUAUGUGCCAUGGAUAUGUUAAUCAAUACUCCAGAGGAUGUUGCCCUGUUGGUAAAAUCAAAAGUCCUUGUAAGCUUUUUUGGUUCGAAUGAGGAAGCUGCAGAUAUGAUAAACAAGUUAUGCAAAAACAUUCCGUUCACAAUGUAUUACAAACAACAGUGGGAAGAAAUGGAUGUCUACUACAAUAGUUAUUGGCCCCAUACUCUUGCAGGGUUGAAGAGUACAUAUUUCAAUAAUCCAUGGAGUAUCAUUGCUCUGGUUGCUGCAUUUGUCCUGUUUGCUCUAACUGUGGUUCAGACCAUCUUUACCAUCAAGUCCGCAUAUGGGACCAGUGUAGCUAGUAAUUAG